CAGUGGACCAGAUGUUCUCAACCUACAGUAUGAACAUCAUUAAUGUGACCAAAAAAGUUUUAGUGAAAAUUAAUCAGAAUGAGCUAGUGAAGAAGUUAUCAAACAUCAUCUCAGAAUGUGCAGAGAUUCUUGCUGCGUGCAAGAGAAAAGUCAAAUCCAAAUCACAAAAGAAGUUCCGGUGUGUGUUUGAGGGAAUUGUUAAAGCAGGAAACAAAACCCCUCUGAAUCAGAUGUUCACAGAGAUAUACCUCACAGAGGGAGGGACUGCAGAGAUCAAUGUUGAUCAUGAGGUCAGACAGAUUGAAACAGCAUCCUGGAAACCAGACAGACCAGCAACAACAGUCACAUGUGAAGACAUCUUUAAAACCCCACCUGAAAGAGAAGAAUCAAUCAGAACAGUGUUGACAAUGGGAGUGGCUGGCAUCGGGAAAACAGUCUUAACACAGAAGUUCACUCUGGAUUGGGCUGAAGGCAAGGCCAACCAGGACAUCCAGUUCACACUUCCAUUCACCUUCAGAGAGCUGAAUGUGCUGAAAGAGAAAAAGUAUAGCUUGGUGGAACUUGUUAAUUUGUUCUUUAGUGAAACCAAAGAAGCAGGAAUCUGCAUGUUUGAAGAGUUCCCGAUUGUGUUCAUCUUUGACGGUCUGGAUGAGUGUCGACUUCCUCUGGACUUCCUCAACACUGAAAUCCUGACUGAUGUUACAGAGGCCACCUCAGUGGAUGUGCUGCUGACAAACCUCAUCAGGGGGAAACUGCUUCCCUCUGCUUGCCUCUGGAUAACAACACGACCUGCAGCAGCCAGUCAGAUCCCUCCUGAGUGUGUUGACAUGGUGACAGAGGUCAGAGGGUUCACUGAUGCCCAGAAGGAGGAGUACUUCAGGAAGAGAUUCACAGAUGAGGAGCAGGCUAGCAGAAUCAUCUCCCAUAUCAAGAAAUCACGAACCCUCCAUAUCAUGUGUCACAUCCCAGUCUUCUGCUGGAUCACUGCUAAAGUUCUGGAGGACGUGUUGAUGACCAGAAAGGGAGGAGAGCUGCCCAAGACUCUGACUGAGAUGUACAUCCACUUUCUGGUGGUUCAGGCCAAAGGGAAGAAAGUCAAGUAUGAUGGAGGAGCUGAGACAGAUCCACACUGGACUCCAGAAAGUAGGAAGAUGAUAGAGUCUCUGGGAAAACUGGCUUUUGAGCAGCUGCAGAAAGGCAACCUGAUCUUGUAUGAAUCAGACCUGAUAUCGUGUGGUAUCGAUAUCACAGCAGCCUCAGUGUACUCAGGAGUGUUCACACAGAUCUUUAAAGAGGAGAGAGGAAUGUACCAGGACAAGGUGUUCUGCUUCAUCCAUCUGAGUGUUCAGGAGUUUCUGGCAGCUCUUCAUGUCCAUCUGACAUUCACCAACUCUGGAGUCAACCUGCUGUCAGGAAAACAUACAUCAUCAUGGCUGCCUGAAGUCUUCAAAGAAAAACUAAAACAUCUCCACCAGGGUGCUGUGGACAAGGCCUUACAGAGUCCAAAUGGACACCUGGACUUGUUCCUCCGCUUCCUCAUCGGUUUUUCUCUUCAGUCCAAUCAAACUCUCCUACGAGGCCUGUUGACACAGACAGGAGGUAGCUCACAGACCAAUCAGGAAACAGUCAAGUACAUCAAGAAGAAGAUCAACGGGGAUCUGUCUGCAGAGAGAAGCAUCAAUCUGUUCCACUGUCUGAAUGAACUGAAUGAUCAUUCUCUAUUGGAGCAGAUCCAACAGUACCUGAGUUCAAACCGUCUCUCUAUAGAUAAACUGUCUCCUGCUCAGUGGUCAGCUCUGGUCUUCAUCUUACUGUCAUCAGAAGAAGAUCUGGACCUGUUUGACCUGAAGAAAUACUCUGCUUCAGAAGAUGCUCUUCUGAGGCUGCUGCCAGUGGUCAAAGCCUCCAAAAAAGCUCUACUGAGUGGCUGUAACCUGUCAAUGAGAAGCUGUGGAGGUUUGUCCUCAGUUCUCAGCUCCCAGUCCUCUAGUCUGAGGGAGCUCGACCUGAGUAACAAUAACCUGAAGGAUUCAGGAGGGAAACUGCUGUCAGCUGGACUUCAGAGUCCAAACUGCACACUUAAGACUCUCAGGCUGAGUGGCUGUAAGCUGUCAGAGAGAAGCUGUGAAGCUCUGUCCUCAGUUCUCAGCUCUGAGUCCUCUAGUCUGAGAGAGCUGGACCUGAGUAACAAUGACCUGAAGGAUUUAGGAGGGAAGCUUCUGUCGGCUGGACUUCAGAGUACACACUGUAAACUGGAGAAUCUCAGUCUGUCAGGCUGUAUGAUCUCAGAGGAAGGCUGUUCUUCUCUGAUCUCAGCGCUGAGCUCCAACCCCUCCCAUCUGAGAGCGCUGGACUUGAGCUGCAAUCAUCCAGGAGACUCAGUAGUGAAGAUGCUGUCGGCUGGACUUAAGGAUCCACUCUGGAGACUGGAAACUCUCAGAACGAGAUGGUUGACACCAGGUCUGAGGAAGUAUUCCUGUGAACUCACACUUGACACAAACACAGUGAGCAGAAACCUCAAACUGUCUGACAACAACAGGAAGGUGACAUUAGUGUGGGAGGAUCAGCCAUAUCCUGAUCAUCCAGAGAGGUUUGACUCCUGGGAUCAGCUGCUGUGUAAAGAUGGUCUGACUGGUCGCUGUUACUGGGAGGUGGAGAGGAGAGGAUAUGUUGUUAUAUCAGUGAGUUAUAGAGGAAUCAGCAGGAGAGGAAACAGUGCUGACUGUUUGUUUGGAUGGAAUGAUCAGUCCUGGAGUCUAUUCUGCUCUGAUUUCGGUUACUCUGUAUGGCACAAUGACAUACCAACAGACCUCUGUCUCUCCUACUCCUCUGUCUCUAGUAGAGUAGCAGUGUAUGUGGACUGUCCUGCUGGCUCUCUGUCCUUCUACACGGUCACCUCUGACUCACAGAUCCACCUCCACACCUUCAACACCACAUUCACUCAGCCUCUUUAUCCUGGCUUUGGGUUAUGGUUUAGGUCAUUUGGUUGCUCAGUGUCUCUGUGUUCUGUGAAGUACGGAGAGUCUCCUCCUGUCAGAGAACCAGACAGCUGAGUCUGAUCAGGAUCAUCAGCUGAUGUUAGUGAGGAGAAUGAGGGUAUCACCAAUGAUUUCCUGAAUGGAUUAGAUUCUACUCCAAACAGCUAAAUGACUUAAAGCUCUUCAUCAUUGUGUCCAAAAGCUGCAUUCAAUUCAAUUCAAUUC